AUGAGUCGAGCGAGCAUGCCCACCCCGGAGCAUCUCGCGCAGCAGCAGGCCAACCACCUCUUCCCACUCGCGCUCGUCGGCGAGAUGCAGCGUCUCGAGCCGCGGCUCGGGCAUGCCUUCGACGCGAGGACCUACCGCCAGGGAGUUGAGCUCGCAAAUCGCCUCGACCUCGCCGUCCACAUCAACCGCCUGUGCUCGUUUUUCGGGCGCUACUGCAUCCACCCUCAAGCGCGAGACGGCAUGGACCCGUACGAGCUCACGCGCGACAAGGUGUUCGUCCUCGGCGGCCAAGCGCUCGACGACAACCCGACCGUCGUCGUCGUGCCCGCCUUCGACGAGCUCGUCCACGUCGUUCGGCGGCUCGAGAAGGACUCGUUCCUCCGCUUCUCGAUCCCGCACCCGGCUGCUCUCGACGAGCGUACCGGCCCCCUGCGCCCUCGCUGCUACAUCGCCGGGCCGGUCCCACUCCCGCACGACAGCCAGAACGCCCGGUUUGGGCAGAGCACGCCCGAGCGCCGCUCCGUCACGUGGCAGACCCGCUUUAUCAACGGCGAGUUCGGCGCGAGGAACGCGCCGUACCAGAUCGACAGCGACGCCGAAGCCCUCGAGCGUGUGCCCGAAGCUCGCACCCGCCUCCUCGGCUAUGAGCGGCCCGAAGGUCUGCGCGUCAUCUGGACGCUCGUCUCGCCGCACGACGCAGACGUGGCUGCGGACGCCGAGGGCAAGCCGUCGAACAAGUCCGCCACGUGGUCGCUCGAGCUCGAGGUGCCAGGCCAGCCGAUGGCCGUGUACCGCGUCAUCUUCAGCCAGGAGGGCCCGUGGUAG